CCCAGCCACCGUCGCGCAGGCACGGGUCCCUGCAGCCCCCAGCCGAUGGCAGGACAGUAGUCGCCUGUCAGGGGUCGUGAACGACUGAGGCAGACGCAGCAGCUCCCGGGCCUCAGAGAGUGGGUGUCUCCGGAGGCCAUGGGCUACCCUGAAGUAGAGCGCAGGGAACCCCUGCCUGCGGCAGCGCCACGGGAGCGGGGGAACCAGGGCUGCGGCUGUCGCGGGGCCCCUGCCCGGGCGGGCGAAGGGAACAGCUGCCGGCUCUUCCUGGGUUUCUUUGGCCUCUCGCUAGCCCUCCACCUGCUGACGUUGUGCUGCUACCUAGAGUUGCGGUCCGAGUUGCGGCGGGAACGGGGAGCUGAGUCCCGCCUUGGCGGCCCUGGCACCCCUGGCACCUCUGGCACGCUGAGCAGUCUCGGUGGCCUCGACCCUGACGGUCGCAUCACCCGCCACUUUGGGCAGCCGUUACCUCAACAGCAGCCCUUGGAACCGGGAGAAACUACACUCCCCCCUGACUCCCAGGACCGGCACCAGAUGGCCCUGCUGAAUUUCUUCUUCCCUGAUGAAAAGUCAUACUCUGAUGAGGAAAGUAGGCGUGUUCGCCGCAAUAAAAGAAGCAAAAGCAGUGAAGGAGCAGAUGGUAAAACGAAAUCAAAAAAUAAAAAGAAGGGGAAGAAGGCAGGGCCUCCUGGGCCCAAUGGUCCCCCAGGACCUCCAGGACCCCCGGGACCCCAGGGACCCCCAGGGAUUCCAGGGAUUCCAGGAAUUCCAGGAACAACUGUUAUGGGACCACCUGGUCCUCCAGGUCCUCCUGGUCCUCAAGGUCCCCCUGGCCUCCAGGGACCUUCUGGUGCUGCUGACAAAGCUGGAAGUCGAGAAAACCAGCCAGCUGUGGUGCAUCUACAGGGCCAAGGGUCAGCAAUCAAGUCAAGAUGAGAUCUUUCAGGUGGAGUGCUCAAUGACUGGUCUCGCAUCACUAUGAACCCCAAGGUGUUUAAGCUACAUCCCCGCAGCGGGGAGCUGGAGGUACUGGUGGACGGCACCUACUUCAUCUAUAGUCAGGUAGAAGUUUACUACAUCAACUUCACUGACUUUGCCAGCUAUGAGGGUGUGGACGAGAAGCCCCUUCUACAGUGCACCCGCAGCAUCGAAACAGCAAAGACCAACUAUAACACAUGCUAUACUGCAGGUGUCUGCCUCCUCAAGGCCCGGCAGAAGAUCGCCGUGAAAAUGGUGCACGCUGACAUCUCUAUCAAUAUGAGCAAGCACACCACCUUCUUUGGGGCCAUCAGGCUGGGCGAAGCCCCUGCCAUCCUAGAUUUCCCCCCAUUUUGCCCCUGCCCAUGCCCCUGCCCCAGGUUGGGAGCCAGGACUCCCAGAACCUCUAAGUGCUGCUGUGGAGUGAGGUAUUUGGGGCGUUGCAGCCACAGAGAGAAGUGCCCCAGUGCUAUUUAUUCCCCAGUGACUCCAGGAUGACAAGGCCUGCUUGAUUUUCAGAAUGACCUUGAUUUAACGGGACAGUUGAUGGAGCCCCAGGGUUUACAGGAAGCAGAAACCUUCUUUGGCUCAUGUUGACUGGCUUAUGGCAUGAACUCUUCAACACCUAGGUCCUGUUGUCAGAUUUAUCAUUUGUUGCACUAAAAUGCGGAUCCAGGGCAGUGGACCAGAGAAGUGAAGGUGCCACUCCAGCCUCUGUGGGUGACCCCAAGGGUGCUGCUGCUCCUGUCUUGGCUGGGGGUGGGGGUAGUGGUGGCAUUAGGCUAGCCUAAGCAGAGGGCCAGGAGGAAAAUAUAGGGCUUAUGGCAGAGACCAGGGGAAAAAACCUGCCAAGCAAGGUGUCCUUGGCAGUGGAUGCAUUCUUGCUGCUCUGCACUGUGACCUGCAAGAGGGUCAGGGAAGCUCUUCCCACUCAGGCUGAGAGCCCCACGUGGCAGCUUUCUGGGCUCCAGAGACGGGAACUUGGCUCUGCCAGGGAACCAUCACAGGGGGAGCCACUGCCCUGUCUGCAUAAGAACCUGAAUGUGCACAUGGGGGCCACAUGUCUCUCACUUUGUUUACAGCUGUGCUGCAUGCUCAGAAAACUCCUUGGGUCCCUCUCGCAAUUGCACCUGCCCCAACCUGACUAGAAUCCUGUCUUCCUUUCUACACAGAGCCUACCUCUGUCUGAGACAGGUGCCUAACCUGGGACCUGUGCUCAUGUGAGUCUGGGAUAUUCUUUAGCUUACCUGGGCACAAAAAGAAGUUUCCAUUUAUUACGCAAUACAAGUAGUAUUCAUCUAAUUCUAAUCAAACUGUGUCUGGGGGCAAGGGAUUGGGACUGGAUACCUCCAAAAGUACCUUCAAGUUCUAAUAUUUGUGACUCUUUAACAGGCAGCUGCCAUAGUAACCUUCUGAAUUCCCAACCCUAGACUUGCCCUAGGGCAUCAGCAAAGCAGUUUUUCUACCUGGCCUAGAAAGGGCAGAGGUGGGCAUAAGACAGGGGAGCUUUGUCCAAGUUUGCUGCAACCCAAGUGAUCAUUAGGCCAGGCUUUAUCUGAAAGGACAGCAGCCAGUGGCCUACUGACUUGCUCCUUCUUCAGUAAACCACAAUAGAGCUUAGUCACUCCAGAGCCCAUGCUGCUUCACUGAAGCCAGGCUCAGGAAGAAGCCAGUGUUAGGCAUUGAGCAGGGCUCUGCACCCUAGCUCAGGUCCAAAGGCACUUUGCCCAAUCCCAAGCUUCCUGCAGGUCAAAUGCUAGGACCAUUCAAGGGCCUUCUUUCUAGCUGCCUGGAUGCAGUCUGGCUUCUGGGUACUAGGUCCAGGCCAGUGCUGGGGGAUCAGCAUUGUACAGUCUGCUCCUCUUAUUCCUAAAAUGUGUUUCCUUCUGAGGAGAUGGAAAUACAUUCCUUCAGGCAACUGAAAUCCACCAAGAAUAAGAGGUUACUUCUCUCAGAGGUGCCUCCCCUUUGUAAGCAGCCACAGGGCUUGACCCUUCAAGGGUCAGGGCAAGAGGUGGUGGGCCAGGCCUCUAUUGUUCAAUUGCUAAUGACAGUCUGCGCAACUGGAGGUGAGGCAAGCUAUAGGCUCGACUCCUUUAAAGUGCCUUGCACAAUCUGCCAUUAUACUAGGAACUGGCAGAACCACUCAAAGUUUGGAAAGUACUUUCUCUUUUGUUAUUUCCUUUGAAGAAGGCAGAGCAGAGAGAAUAUCUCAGAUGCCAUUGUUUAGAUGAGGCUCAGAGAGGUGAAGUGCUUGACUAAGAUGUCACCCAGUUUAAGUUAGCCAGGUCUGACUCCAGAAUUAUUCCCUUAUACCACAGAACUGUGGGGAUUGGGCUCUAUAGAGAACUAAUAAAGUGAUAAUACAGAGCCAAGAUCCUGAGGGUCCUAAGAAGAAACCCAGAGAUGCCCAUUUCCAUUACUUGAUAGUAAUGCCAGUUCUCUUGGCUGUCAGGGGGCUCUUGUGGCAAAGAGUUGAACGUCUCUUUGGGAAACAGCCAUCAGACUUAGAGGCUGCUCAGAGAAUCUUCUUGGCAUCAUGUCCAAGCAGCAGUCCUUUGGAAACCCCAGAACUGGUAAUGCCUCAUGUUCUUUUCACCCAUCUGACAAAACAAGCAGCCACCAUGUGUGGGAGUCCUACUGUGGGCAAAGUCCUCCUUUUCUUACCCUACACGUGGCUGCCAGGAUCCCACUGACUCCCACAGCUACUAAGUGACUCCUUAUCUCUUCUACCAGAACACAGAGGACCUUGAUACUAUCAGCAUCUCUCAGGGAAGAUUUGAGAGAAGACUGAUUCUAAAGCCAAGUGGGUGUGAGGAGAGAAGAGGAAAAACUUCUUAAUUGUACCCCUAAAGGACAGUCUGACACCCAUCCCAUUUUCCAGACAUGGAAGGGAUUGUAGGGGAAGCCGGAUUCACGCUGGAUACCAACGUUCAUUCUGAACCCUCCCUACAGGGAGAGUGAUGGUAAAGGAAAUAAGAAUAGCUGGGGAACCCUGCUGUGGUGUAGUCAUUGGUGAAGUAGUGAAGCAGUUUACUGAUAGGAGGAUGUGGAUAGAUUUAAGUUUGGAAUAUGAUGAUGGGAGUUACCAGAGGGUUAAGGCUAGCAUGGAGAAUGGGACAAGGACAUUGGUGGGAAAGCAGAUGACAGAAGGUUGCAGGAGAAUUGUUAUGGCAGGAGCCUCUGCCAGCUGAUUGGUUUCAGCAGCCAAGCUGGUACAAAAGGCAGCUGUGGGAGGCUGCUCAGCUACUGGUUCCCUGGAAAAUGUAGCAUUUGCCUUAUUUCCCUCUUCAUCCAUCCUGAGCCAUAAUUUUUUACUUAACAGAAAAGGGUGGGAACCCUGCGGGUGCUCACAUGUGAGGCAUGUGUCUUCUGUAAUUUCUGGUGGAUGCAAAUAGAUUCAGAGAAAUUUAGAACUGAAAAGGUCUUCAGAGGGAAUAUAGCCUGACCUACAUUCCACCCUCUUACUCAGUGGAAACCAAGGCCCAGAGAGAGAAGGUGACCUGCCCAAAGUGGUGAGCAAGCUCCGCCCUCCAGACUCAGCAGAGAAAAGGAAGGAGUAGAGCCGACCCUGCUGCACAGGGCCACCUUCUUUCUUCCACCUACACACUCAAGGCUGGACAUGCUUGGCCCCCUACAGGAGCCUGGCCAGGCAGGGAGAGAGGAGAGGCAGCCUUCACCAGAACUCUGCUCACCCCACCCCACAUUUACCCAGGUCCUGCCUCUGUACUAAAAGGUUCUAAACUGGCCCAAUACCAGGAAGUUCUUAGGCCACCCUAGUGCUGCCUCAGGUCCCAUCCUUGCCUCAGGGCUCCCCUAAGCCUUGCCAGUACAGAGAAAGAACCUGAUUUUUUCUCUUAUAAUCCAUUUCAGGGCUCUCCGGGAGGCGUUAGGGUGUGUCAUUUCUUUAUUAAAAGAGCUCCAGCUGGGAUGGGGGAGGGUGGACAUUGUUGUGAGAAUGGCCUGGAGCAGGCCCAUUGCUGCUUUGGGGGGGUCAGCAUCCAGUGUGAGAUACUUUGUAUAUAAACUAUAUAUAAUGUAUAUAAACUGGGAUGUAAGUUUGUGUAAAUUAAUGGUUUAUUCUUUGCAAAUAAAGCGC